GUCGCGCGAACGUAAUGCAACAGCCGCGGACGCUGGUCGUUCUCGCCGUCGUGGGCUCCGUCACCAUGGCUCAUGCUGCAUUCAACUUUCCCGACGGGUGUGCUAGAUCUCAAUUUGCCAAAGUCCCGGUCCAUCACCGCUGUGCGUGCGCCAAUGCGACUCGCGACUCGACUCUCGACGCGCUGGCCUUCCACUAUUGCAACAUGGAAUCGUAUCCACAGGCGUCUGUGUCACUGCUGUGCGUCGUGCUAUGCCUCUUGUUCUACAUCGCCGCAGACACGACAAGUCGAUUCCUUGUUCCUGCCGUCACGUACAUUGCGUCGGCCUCGAAGAUGGACCCAAGCGUCGCCGGCGCAACGUUGCUAGCGUUUGCGAACGGCAUGCCUGACCUCAUUUCCGCCAUUGCGUCGUUUUCAGGACGUAGUAAGCACGCUGGUUUUGGCGUUGGUGGGCUCCUCGGCAGCGGUCUCGUUGUAUCGUGCUUUACCCUCGGGUACCUCGUCUACCUCUCCAACGGUGUGCCCAUCAACAAGCGACCGUUCAUGAGAGACGUCGUGUUUUAUCUGGCAGCGCUGGCGGGCCUUGUGGUCGUGUACCGCAUCGGCUACGCCACGGUCCAAGCGUCUCUAAUGGCAUUGGUGCUGUACGUGUUGUACUCUGUUUCUGUCGUACGCAUGGAGCACGCUAUCGAAAGGACUGCCAUCGAUGGGGGUUCCCCUGAAAAGACGACCAGUGAAGCCAAACUACGCACGCCUUCUUUCCAAGCGUCUGACAACGAGGCAGCUAUGUUGGAGCACGGUGAGCCAGUGAGUUCGACGCAACCUGGCCAUGGCAAGCCAUGUCCACCGACGUAUGUCGAAGUACCACUCGACUCACCAUGUUCCACAACGUCAACCGCGCCGUCGUUGGCCAUCUCAGCAGCAUCUCAAGGCGACGUCGAGGGGACGAACGAAGCUCCUCCGCGACGACGCUGCAUCCACAUUCAACGAAUUGACGCCUGCGAGUCUGCGAUGCCGUUGAUGGGCAAGUGCGUGGCCGUCGUGCUGUUGCCCGUGUCGUGGGUUCGCCAUGUCACGGUGCCCAUGUUGAACCCGGCAACGACGGAUGGCCACCCCACAUCGCUUCGCCGAGUGGACUUGAUGUGCUGGUCGUUUUGCACUCCACUCUUUGUCAUGUACGUGGCAUCACGCAUCCUUCCGAUAUCCCACGAACUUGUCGUGGUGGCAGCGACCGUGGGGUUGGUUGUGGCAGUGGCGGCGCUCUUUCUGUCGGCCGAGACACGAAGGUCGUCCAGAAUACAUUUCGCCCUGUCCGCCGUCGCCCUGAUGACUUCAUCGAUGUGGAUCUUCCUUGUCGGCCAUGAGAUCGUCGCAAUUCUGCACGUCUUGGGUGUGACCUUGAGUAUCUCGGGCGGCACGCUCGGCAUUUUGGUCCUGGCAUGGGGCAAUUCGAUGGGCGAUUUUAUCGGGAACGCGACGCUGGCGCGACAAGGUCAAUUCCAAAUGGCAACCGCGGCGUGCAUCGCGGGUCCGAUAUUCAACACACUCGUCGGCGGUGGACUCAGUUUGCUGCUCGGUUGCUUCCACUCGAAGGAAUCGACGGUGCCGCUGUGGUCCGUCGCGGAGAAGAGCACGUUGCGUAGUGGGUUCUGCAUCCUCGUCGUGUGCCUGGUGUCCCUCCUCGCCGUUGGGUGGCAAGUCCCUACUGCGCACCUCACCAAGUGGUUCGGCCUCUUCCUCAUGGCCCUGUACAUGGUCUUUUGUGUCGCGACUUUGGUGGAAGAGUCGACCAAGUAAAGUAAUUCCAUACACUCUAUCUAUCGAAGCACCCGUCGUGAAGCAACUUCCACACAGUCCGUCCUGUGGCCGCAUGGACUUAUACAGGUCUUUGUGUCGAUCAGUCAGCGAUGGGAUCGCUGUCGUGCAGCCGCACAGCGCGGGCCAGCGCGUCGAGGAAGAGCCCCGCGUCCGCGUCGUCGGGCAGAAUUGCGAGCAAGUCCUGCGGCGACAACGUUGCCGCCAUGUGAUCCAGCGCCGCUUGCAAAUGGCCCCCCUACACCGCAUGGCAGCAACACGGGUGAGCAAAACUGGCAUGAAAUCGAAAGGCGAGUGAGCC